GAGGGUCAACAUUGAAGAUACCAGGGAGGAGGAUCAAGAAUAUAUAAAUGGCAUCUGCGAAGAACGAUAAGGUACGUAAUAAUGGCAGAAAGGGAAGUACGACAAAUAACACGCCCGGCGGCUUAACGAGAGCCCCAAGUCUCCCAUCGAAGCCACCUGUGAAGUUGAGUAAAGUGCCAACAACGACACCGGGACAUGCAUCAAAAGCUACAGGUAGUAGUACAAGUUUUACAAAUGCCACGCCGAUUGCUUCUACUCCCAGCUCGGCCUGGGCUUCAAUUGCAGCCAGGAAGUUGAAGAGUGACAAGCCAAAGGUUUCAGAAUCGGCAUCUUCCGCUACUGGGGUUGCGUCAGGGCACGUUGAUGAUUCGAUCCAAACAUCCAAACGGGACGAGCAGACUUUAGGAAAGCAUACCACCACCACUACCACUGUCACCAGUAAUAAUACCAAUCAUCAUCACCAUCAUCAUAACCAUCAUGGUCAUAAUCAUAAAAAGAAUCAUCAGCAGACUACUCCUGGUGAGAACAACGGGGAAUUUACUUCUGUGAACCAGUUCAACUCUAAGCAGAUUGAAGAGUUUCUAAAGGCACGCGCUGCAAAGUUCUCCGAUGUUCCAGUGUUCAAGCAAAGUGGGUCUGAUUGGUCGAAGAGUAGCAAUGGGAAAUCAAAGAAGGAGAAGGACGUUGUUCUCUUGGAGUUGGCAAAAGCCUUAAAGCACAGAUCUUGAUAGAAGCCAUGUUGAACGAGCUAAAGCACUACACCAGGAGGUGAUUACUCCACAAGGACGGAAAGCCUGGACUCACAACACCAGCAUAGACUUACGACCCCGUUGCUGUGUCGAGCCAGCUAUCUUCCUUUUAAGAGAACUUGCAUUGGAUUGGAUUGGGAAGAGGGCAAAGGGCGGGGUUCUCUAUUUUAUAUACAGUUACAACUAAUAGAAGAUGUUUAA